AUGAUUCUCGUCGACCUCUUUUCGAUGAUCCUCCGCCUCGCGGAGUUGGCUUUCGCCGCUAUCGUGGCCGGCCUUACGGGCUACUACCUUCACUCGGUUAAGGGCGCCUCUUCGUGGUCCCAGGGACGGUUUAUCUACACCGAAGUUGUUGCUGGCCUCAGCAUUCUCUUGUCCAUCAUCUGGCUGUUCCCCUUCAGCGGCUCCUUCAUCCACUGGCCUGUCGAUCUCAUCAUCUCCAUUUGCUGGUGGGCGUCCUUCGGUCUGCUGGUCAACUACCUGAACGGCGGGUGUGGAAAUGUCUUCAACUGGGGCAACAUCGGGUUCAAAGGGGCCAACACCUGCCCCGUGUGGAAGGCCGACAUUGCCUUCGUCUUCCUGUCGGCGCUCUUGUGGCUAGUUUCCGCCUUGCUCGGGAUCUACUGGGUCCACCGGAAGACAACCCCGGUUGCGACCCACCACCGCCGCCGCUGGUAUCGCAGCAGCCGUGUCUAA